GUGCGCCGUCCCGCGAACGCCGCGAACACGGGGAGUGUGGAAGCGGUCGACAGAUGUUCCUAGUCCGUUGUCGCGUCGAGUGCCGGCGAGUAGUCGACACCGAGAUUUAUCUACCGGCGUACUCGUGUAGCCAAACCUUUCUCGCUCCUCCAAAAGCUCGGACUCCUGCUACUGAGCGCGUCUCCGUACACAAUCACCACCACGUCGCCGGGCUCAACGUGCUUCAACGUUCUCGGGAUCGCUUCUAAAACCGGAUACAAGCACCCGACACUGACACGACUGAUCUGCGUCUACGGAGAACAGCCUGAUCAACCAGCCCCGUGUACUGAGGAAGGGAAAGAAAGAAAGAAGUACCAGAACAAGAAGCUCCCAAAAGGACGUAAUCUGUCGUCGCGUGGACUCGAACCAAAGAUGAUGUAGAAACUACUGCUUAAAACCUUGAAAAAAAAAAAAAAAAAAAGUCAGGCUGUUUGGUAACAUCAGGAGCGGCAGGGUGGUGCCGUCAGGGUUCUAUCGCCGCCAUGGUGUGCCAAAGGGGGUUCUGGACUUUUUCGGCGGUGUGCAGCCUACUCCAUCUGGUUGGUGUCGUGGAGUUUGGUGCGCGAGCGCAGUCGGACGCCGGUGAUGUCGUCACCAUGCAACCUAGCCAAAGCAGUGGCACCGGCGGGGACAGCAGCACGAACCGUGCCGGUGGAUACAAGCUGUCAUCUAGUCAAGUGUUCACUUUCCUUAAGGAGUCAUCCUUCUUGAGGGUGGAGCCAAAGUACUGGCCUCUGCAGCAUGCCAGAGAAGUCAGCUUCCAGUUCAAGACAGAAAAGCCACAUGGAUUGCUUUUCUACCACUUGCUCGAGGAGUCUUCCGAAGAAGACAGGGUGCCAAAUUACGAGCUGUACGUGAUGCUCGAAAAUGGGAGGCUCAAGAUCAUCCACAUCUUCAACACGGAAGGCAAUGAGGUCUUCUACAUGGGAAAAGGUCUGAACCAGGACAGGUGGCACACUGUGAACCUGCGGGUGGUGCCUUCAAAAGGGGAAAUGAGAAUUCGUGUUGACCAUGAAGAUCUCACUAUCAUCCUGUCGUCACUGAUGCAUCGAGGAGGCUACGACAUUGGAACAGAGGAUACGCCUUCACACUUGUACAUUGGAUCGAUUGACCCGCGCAACUCGUCUGUCGACCUGCACUACAACACGGACAGCUUCUUUGGCUGCCUGGGCAAGAUAUCCUUCCAUCUGGGUGACGGUGCGCCUGUGGAAGCGUCGCUUGUGGCCAGGGAAGACGUGAUCGAUGGGUGUGUGGACCUGUGCUCCAAGUAUGACUACUGCCUCAACGGGGGACGCUGCGUGAACCAUUACAGCUACUACGGCUGCGACUGCUUCGGAACGCGCUACGAGGACCACAUGUGCGGAUACGACAACCUGACGACCGUCACAUUGCGUGGGAACUCCUACAUUACGUAUCGCAUCUACGACUGGAAAGACAGGGUUCACUCCGAUUCCAAUAGGAUAGGCAUCGUGUUCAGGCUGUACGUUCCUGAGGCUGUGCUGUUCACGGUGACUGGGGAACACGACCCUAAGAAUGAAGUUGCUGCCAGCGUUAAGGGAGGCAUGCUCUUCUUCCAUCUCGACUUUGGAGACGGUCCUUUCAACGUCACCAUGGGGGCCAACCUUCACGACCAGAUGUGGCAUAAUUUCACCAUGAUCCACAAUGCCAACCAGGUCAGCCUGUACCUAGAUAAGUUGUCACACUCCAUCCGUCUGACCGACACCAACCACCACUUGCACCUGGAUCCAGACCUCUACAUCGGCGGUGUUCCACUCACCAGCAGAGAUGGUACGGCCGUCUUCCCGGGCCUGGUGACGGACCUGAAGCUGGUGGGCUGCAUCCGCGAAGUCUACUUCAACCGGGACAACUGCCUCCAGUCGCUGAGGAAAGGGGAGCCCAAUGCGCGCCACAUUGGGAUCUUUCCCGUCGAGUAUGGGUGUGCGCUUGUGGACACAAUCCCGCUCACAUUCCCGUUUGCCGAGUCUCGGCUCAAACUCAACCUGCCGAGCGCGCGGAGGCUCGACAUCUCGGUCGACUUCAAGACGCACCAGAACGAGACUGUCAUUGCUUCGAGCCUCCUCCGGUCCGACAAGGGACAGGGAUUCUGGGAGAUUCGCCUCAAGAAAGGAACGGCCAUCUUCACUAUUGUCCCGGACGAAACGAAUCCGUCGCACUAUUGGUUCCUGAGUAAAGGGAAGCAACUCACUGACGGGCAGUGGCACCAAGUUGGAGUCGUCUUUGAAAAUGAGGUGGUGGAGCUCACAAUCGACUUUAACCGCAAGUUAAGGGACACUUACAAUCGUCCAGUCGAGCUGGUGGGACCCCUGGUGAUUGGUGGGUUUCCCAAGGAGCAUGUCAUGGGUUUUGUGGGGUGCAUCCGGGACAUCUACGUGGCAAAGGAGUGGGUGGACCCCCGCAAGGUGGUGGGCACUGAGUACGCCCACGGAGAGGUCUCCCUGGACAACUGUCGUCUCAUCAACCUGUGCAACAACCCCAAUGCCUGCGAGCACGGGGGACAGUGCUACCUUGAGGGCAACCAGUUCAAGUGCAACUGCAACGGGACGGGCUACACGGGCAAGACGUGCCACUUCUCCACAUACAAACGGACGUGCCAAGAGCUGUUCCUCGUGGGCUACCGGAAGUCGGGCACGUACAAGAUCGACAUCGACCGCAAUGGUCCUCUACCUCCUGCCCACGUCGAGUGCGACAUGCAGCGUCCCGACGGGUCCAUAGCCACCAAGGUCAACCACAACAUGCAGCGGGAAAUGGUGGUGCGCAAGUACGGCCUGGAAGGGUUCUACAUGGACAUCACAUACCGCGAGUUCACCCCUGAAAUGUUGCAGUCACUCAUCUAUGCAUCGAAACAGUGUUACCAGCACAUCACUUAUGAGUGCUUCAAGGCUCCCUUGGGGCUGCAGAGCUACACCUGGAUGGAGUCGUCGGCGGACAACCGUUACGUUUCGAGCAUCGGCAGCGACCACCCCGCCUGGUGUCAGUGUGCGGAGACACGGAGCUGCUCUAACGCUUCGCGGUUGUGCAACUGCGACGUGGGCGACGCGCGCUGGCGCCUCGACGAGGGAGUGUACCACCGCAAGGAGGACCUCGGGAUUGUGCGCAUCUACAUGCUGCAACCCAAGGGCUUGGCACACGAUGCCGAAGCGAGGAUGACCCUUGGGCCCCUGGAGUGCACGGACACCAACACGCAACAGUACGUGAUCACAUUCAAGACAGCUCCUUCUUACUUGGAAGUACAAACUGGCUGGAGGCGUGGAGACCUUGCCUUCAGCUUCAGGACUUCUAGCAAGCGUGCAGUCGUUCUGUAUCAGGCUGCAUUGCACGACAAGCAUGGCUACCUCCUUGCCAUGAUCACCAGUGACUACGAGCUGUCUUUCGAGUACACGGUAAAUGGGGAGCCGCGCAUUGUGAAGUUGCUAUCCCGCAGCCGCCUGAACACGGGGGAGUGGCAGCAGGUGUGGCUGGACCACGACACGCACCACAUGCGUUUCACCGUCAACCUCGACUCGGUCAUGGUCGACCUCGGCAAGGACGAGGGAGUCGGGCCUUUCGAGGGGCCCCUCUACAUCGGGGGAGCGCCCAAGGACCUCCUGACGCAUCCAGACAUCACGGAAGGUUUCAUUGGCUGCUUCAGGGGACUCAUUAUCAACAACCAUGUUGUCAAUCUUUACAAUCAUCUGAGCAGAAGGAAUAGAAAGAGGGUGCCCGACAUUGUGAUGGACUGCCAGCCUUCCUGCUCGUCCAAUCCGUGCCAAAAUGGAGCCACCUGCCACGAAAACUGGGGCUCGUACAACUGUGAGUGCGAGAACUCGUUGGCGCACAGUGGCACCAACUGUGAAAACAACCUGAACCAGAACUCCAUGACGUUCAUCACUUCGAGCUCGUGCUACCACCGGGCAACCCUGGGCAACAUCUCUGACCCCGUGCUGGCGGAGAACAUCCUGCUCAGCUUCCGGACAUACCAGUCGGAGGCCCUGCUCCUCUAUUCUUUCAACCACCUCAACAACUUUGUGCAGCUCCACUUUGAAAAGCGCAAGCGCGUCGUCUUCACCUUCAACUCGCAGAGGUCCAUCGUGCAGGGGUUUGUGGAGGCCCCAGACCUGGCAACUGGACGAAUCGUCCAAGUGUUUGUGGACAGGCACGCAGACUACACCGUCUUGCAAGUGAAUGGGAACAAUGUCACCAUCCCUCACCCUGCUGUGUUCCUCACCACAUACUACAAGGACCCCUGGAUACAGGGAGAACAACUCGAGUUGGUGAAGCCGGCCCGUGGGACGUUCGAGAGCGUCCCAAACAGUCAGAUGUACCUGGGAGGGGUGGACUUCAUGGGUGCCACCACAAACCUUCCCGGCCUGGUGGGCUGCCUCCAGGGUCUGCGCAUUGGCAACGUCCAAGUCGACCUCAUCAAGGACGUCGAGAACCAGAACGUGACCAAAGGUCAGAUUCGCCCGGGCUGCAAGAUGAUGUGCGACUCCACGCCGUGCCACCACAGUGGCCUCUGCAUCGAGGACUGGAAGAACAAUCUGACAAGUUGUGACUGCUCUAUGACGUCUUACCAGGGAGAUGUCUGUCAGACCGACAUUGGGGCCCAGUUUGAUGGCAAGGCAUGGAUCGAGUACAUGUUCAUGCCCGAGACAUCGGGACAGGACCGCAUUUCCAUCCUCCUGGCCUUCUCGACCAAGGCAAAGGCUAGCGUGCGGCAAGCCAUCCUCCUUGUGCAGUACGCUCAAAGCCAACAUUACGUCCUGGUCGCAGUGACGCCGGAGGGGGCGCUUCAAAUACAGGAAAACCAUGCAUCUGCAAAGGUGUUUGGCAAGCAGACUGGGAACUUUGCCGAUGGCUUUCGUCACUGGCUGCACUACAAGCGUAUUGAAAACGAUGCUAGGGUGGUGGUUGAUGGAAAGGAGUACGUCCUGACAAGCACCACUCCUGACACCUCCGGACCCACGGUCGACAUCAGCUCUAGUUUAGUCGUGGUCGGUGGCACAAAGCGAGACCCGAGGUUUGGAGACUACGGAGACUUCCAGGGAUGUGUGUCCAAUGUGGUGGUGGAACUUCGUACCUUGAACAUCAGGCCACUGGAGACGUACUUUGGCUACCAGAAAGGUGCCCUUGAAAAGGUCAAGGUGUACGGGACGCUGCGGGAAGGCCGAUGUGCUGAGUUUGCGGCCAUUAUCGGAGACAAGACAGAGGCCAUCUUCAAACCACCUGCUGUAAAUGUUCCCGAAUGGCAUAGGGUCAAUCCCGUACUGGUGCCCUAUAAAAACAACUUUUUCCACCCACAAGCAACGAAGUUGCUCUAUGCAAAAGCAACAAGCACACGAGUGGCUGUGAUCAUGGCAGUGGUGCUUAUUGUGGUCCUCAUUGGCGUCUUCCUGUACGCCUGGCGGCUCCAGAAGCGCCACAAGCACCAGAAGCUCCGUGAGGACAUGUCCUACUUCCGGCGUGGCGGGGGUUCCUACAGCACUGCCAACCCUCCCAAGCGCAAGUCCAACAACUCUCCUGUGAAAGCGGUGAGCUUCAGCAGCCGGAACAACGACUAUCGGCCGCUGCCACAGACGAAAAACGAGAUGUUGUCGUCGACACCUCGGCCCUCCGUGGACAUCGUGAAGGCGAGGUCUCCAUCCAUUGCCAUGAAUAGCAGUCCUCCCAAGCCCAUCCUGAACAACCGGAACUCCACACCUCUGGCACUUUCGCCCAUCGUCAAUGGUCUAGGGGACUUGAAGUCCAAACGGCCUGUGUCAACAGCGUCUCAGGAGCUCGAAUGGGACCCUGCCGCCGACAGCGGACUCCUGACGUCUGCGGAAUUGAGUGCCAUGGAUCCGGGAGACGAAGACGGCCUUCCCGAGACGCCGAGGAAGAACAGCGGCUCGGAAGAGAUGCUGUCGAAUGUCUACAAGCUGGCAGACUAUAGUGGUAGCUUGAUUUUCACAAACACACCUUACGAGUCCGCCAGCGACUGAGACUUCUCUUCGCACCUUGUUUGCGGGAGGUCGAGGGUGCCGCAGAGUUGCCCCGGUGUUUAGUGCCUCCCCACAGAGUCCCAUCUGCCCAUCUACAACGGCAAACGUUCAUGACGCUCUGGAUAAUGCGCAUGUGCUCAACUUUUAACGCUGAAGCUAGCGGCCAAAUGUUGUGCCUCCAUAAACUCUACCUCCAUUGUUAAGGUUGUCCCAUAGUCAUGAACCCGCCUGCGCCGAAUCCGGGAGCUGCGGCUGUUUUAGUCUGUUGGUCAGCAAGUGACUGUGUCGGCAAAAGAGUGACUAGAAAAGAUUUUUGCUGCCCUAGUGUGUUUAUUAAAGAUUGGCGUUAGGUACUUGAUGGAGAUUUAGUGACUCCUAGCUGUUGUGACGAUUUAGAUUGGGAAAACUAGGGGAGCUGUGAGUAUCUGGUGAAAAGAAGGCCUGUACAAGAAGCAGUGUUGUCUUCAGCGUUUAUGGCUACCGUGAGUUGGCAUUCUGUAGAUCAGGUGCAUUUCUGUGUCAGCCACGUGGCUCCAUGUGCUCUUGGCUAUCUAGUUCAAGAUGUGACCUGCCAAGUCAAGACUGGUGGUGUUGUGACAGAAGGAACUGUAGCUGUCCAUUGCCAUACUGACUAAUCAAUUUGUUUGUGAAUUGUCUUUCUUUACUGCAUGGUACUUUGUUUGAUAAAGGACAUGUUGAUGAACAGAUAUUUUGAUGUGUCACUGCUGUUCUUUGCUUUUGGUGUCGUUACUGCUCCAAACUUCAUUCGUUUUAUUCAUUAUUUUUUUUGUCUUGUGUUUUAUAGUUAGAUGCCCGAGAUUGUUGAUCAUAGUGGAGCUUCUCAGUUGUUGUAUUGUUGGUUUCACCAGCUUCUUUUUGUUUUGACCAGUUGUUUUAUUAGGGUUUGUUCCUGAAGUAUGUGUUCAACCCAUCAAGUGUACUUAACCGCAUGACUGUUAAUAAAGCAUGCAGGCAUGUUGUGUUCA